AUGUUCAGUUGUCGCUGUGAUCUGAACCAGAAACGUCGAUUUGCUUUUUAUCGUCGAGGUCUUGACAAGGCACAAAUGCCAAGGUAAGACCUAACCUUAACGUUAUUUAUAUGAUAAUGUUAAUUAUUAUAGACGAUUAUGAUGGUUCAAUGAUUUUCUAAUGAUUGACAGAAAGCGUCAUACCUACAAGAUUAAUUACUUCUCUAUAAAAAAUCAGUACCUAUACAGUAGACGCAUAAUCACUUCUGCAGUUAUACAAUAUCCUCAUAUUUAUUCGAAUAGAAAACGAACUCGUCUAAGAAACAAAUCUGCAGUAAAGUUCAACAUAUUUAAUUAGCCUGUAUCUUUAAAAAAAAACUCCUCUAGGAUCUGUGUGAAAGUGUGGUAGGAUAAUAGGUAUAUUUUGUACGCUAUUUAGAUUUCGCUAAAGACACGUGACUUAUUUGUAUUCGUAUGAAAGAAAAGAACAUUUCUAGAAAUCUAGAUUUUUGUAAAUCGUUUGAUAAAAUGUUAGACUGAAUUUAGACUAGAAUAUACAUACAUUUAAAUUUUAACUAAUUUUUACAAUUUCCGUGACAUUGGUGUUGACCUAAAUAUUAACUUGUUCUGUAUAACGAACAACAGUAUAUUAUGCAUGAGUAAGUAGGUAUUUUAAAUCAGAGACUAAUUAUUACGAAUUACUUACGAAUUUAUGACCUAAGUUUGUUUACAAUGUUUUUAAAAUAAGCAAUUUUUAACGUUUUAAAUGAUAAAUACGCGUUUAAAAAAGGAUAUGUAUUAAGAUAUAUUUUCUUUAUGUACCGGUUUUAUUAUCAAAACAAAACAAAAAAAAAACCGUGCGUAGGCACCUGCAUGGUCUCGUGUAUAGAGAAUACAAUUAUGUUUUAUCUAUUAUAUAUGUGCUCUCGAAAAAAUUAACAAGAAAUGUCAAACAUAAGAUCCCGGUGAGUUUUUUACCUAGUUACAAUAUUUCAUAAUUCAAAAUUAAUUUGACGUGGGUGAUAAUAAUAAAAUGUAUAAUGUUAUAUAGUCAAAAUAGUUUCUUUUAAACACCUUGAAAUUACAAUUACAACAAAUAAACUAUAAAUAUUUAAAAAAAUAAAAAAAAAAACUGUUAUUUAACAUUAUUUGUCUGAGAGGAUAUUUUUUUUAGAUUUUUAUUCGCUUGAUAAGUUAAUUGUUUUUUUUUACAAUGCGAUGCGUAUGGUAUUUUUUUUCUAAACUAAUUAUUCAUUUUAAUCAACCAAAUCAAUUAUUAUUCAAUCAUUAUUGUUUUUGCAAAUAUGACUUAUAGUUACAUAACAGUCUGAUUGAAUUUUUGUUUUUUUAUGCCGGCGUUUUUGUUCUUUGUUUACAGUUUUAUUAUUACGAGUAGAUAUCAACAAUUUUAUUAAACAAUGACUACGAGUUAUGUAAAACAAAUACAUAGUUGGGCGUAGAUAUUAAAUUAAAAAGGCACCAAGUAUAAUUUUUUUUUUUUGUUGGAAGAAUAAGGUUUUUUAAUAUAAAAAUCUCUAAAAUUUUGAAAAGUUAGAAAUGUUGGAAAAUAAAGGUAUUUAAAUUUUAUCUAAACCAUUGCUGACAAAGUACAAUCCUUAGUCAAAGUUGAGUAAGUUACUCAACCUUAGUAACUGAGUAGAUAUUACAGUUACUUUCCUUAAUUAAGUAACUUAUUAAAAAAAAAAAAUUUGACCUAGGCAUAGUGAGUAUACUCUUCCUUAUAAAAUGUGUAAUUGGUCUUUUAACCCUAAACUCAACCAGAGAGUAGCAAUCGUUGAAGCGAGUAAUGUAGGAUUUGUCGCUACAUAUUACGCGCGAGACAUGUAGAAAAAAUACCAGUUACGUGUAAAGGCCCCUUAAUUUUAUUUUGAAAUUUUUGAUUGGAAACACUGUACUCGCAUAUUAUUUAGGGGCUAAAUAAAAUACUUAUCUGGGUUUUGUGUUUUAAAAAAUGUCGCGUUCCAUAAAUGUGAUACCCAACUGUAUCACGAUAACAGAGUAUAAAAGUCACAACGUUAGAUACUGUUUAGUUGAUAAUAUUAUAUUUUAUAUUUUUAUUGCAUUAAAAAUAAGUGGGAUAUUAUAAUAUUAUAUACUAUACAUUAAAUGGUGCUUUUUUUUUCGUUCAAAAUAUACGUGGUUACCCACAUUUUGAAAACCUUGAAUGUUUGUCGCGAACCAUGUUUGUGACGAGAUUAUUAUAAUAUUGUAUAUGAUGUCACAAAUCUUCACGGAUAAGAUCUAUUUAGGUAUAUAGUUUGAAAACGCCGCAAUGAAAAAAAAAAAUUGACUCUAAUUCGUACACACGCAAAUUAUAUUAUACAUAUACGUCUGUCUAUAUUAUUAUGUUAAAUAAAUAAAACCAGUGUUGUUUCUAUGGAAUUUUUUGCAGUAAUCAUUUUUUUUUUUUUCAGUUAAUAUACGGGUAAAAUUGACAUAACUAUAAACCCAUUAUAAUAAAAUCAUUAUAGGUUUUUUUUUUAAAUAUUUUUUAUUAUCCUAUUAAGGAAUAAAAAUAUUUAUUCUCUUCUAUAGAAAUAUUUAUAUAUAUAUAUAUAUAUAUGUAUAUGUAGGUAAUAUGAUAUUAUAUAUUAUACUAUUACAUUACCUGUACAUUUAUGUAUAUUUAUAUAGAUUUCGCAUUAUCGUCUAUUUGUUCAAGAUGCAUAUCAAACUGGGGGUUAUUUUUUUUAUAGUCAUUCUAUAAUAAUAGAAAAACAAAUAUAAUUUAACGUUGUAUAGAAAUAUCAGAAACCCGGUCGAGUAAAACAAUAUACUUAAACGGUUGUAGUAAUUUAUAAUGCGUACGUUUAGGUGUUAUUACACUUUUUAUUACACUAUGAUAUAUAUUAUUAAAAAAUUGUUUUUAAAAUCUAUAUAGGUAUAGGUGCGUUUACAGAAUUUAUUAUAUUAUUAUCAUUUUUUUAUUUUAUUACUAAACACAUUUAUUUUAUUGUUUGUUUUUCAGUUUAACAUUGUAAGGCUUAAUGUUGGAAAAUUCAAAUAGUUGACCAAUGAGUGUCUUAUAUUAUACACUACACAGAGGUUGAUAAAAUCUGCACUGCGCACCUGCGCAGCGUAUUUAUUAUUAUUGUUAUUAUUUUUACGAGUCGUCGUGUCAUAUUAUGUAUUGCAACUUUGUCACACAAUAAUAUACAGUUAUUGAUAGUUUAUGGCUGCAGUCUUUGGCAUUCUAUGCGUACAAUAAUAUGUCGAACAAUGUGCGAUUAUUUGGAUGUCGAUGUUUAAAAAAAAAUAUGUAUACACAUAUAUUUACGGUUUACGUAAAGACACUCGUAAUGUAUAGUUCGAUAAUAUUAUACUAUUAUUAUAGUCACCUACAUAAAAAAAGCGAAGUGAAGGGGUUACAUUUAGAUACCUGGUGCAAUAUUGUUAUCGGUAGAUCCUUUUACUAUAUUAUACGCGUAUACGCACCUUAUCGCCGGAUAAAAAAUAAUAAUAGUAACAAAAUAAUAGAUAAUAUCGUUACAUAACAUAUUUUAAUGUUAUUUAUUAUAUAGUACGACACUACGAUAGAAUAAUUUAUAUAUCGCGAUAGUUUCUAUAUGAAGACGUUUUAUAAUUUUGUUUUUUUUAUACAGGACCUAACUAGUAUGGGUACCUAGGGUGCUGUUAAAACACUUAAAACGGAUUAACUCGUUUUUCAAGAAUGCCUAGUCCCAGUAUUUCUCGUAAAACUAAAACCAAAAAUGACCGAGACAGUUAGAUAAUAAUAUCAUGUUAUUAUUAUUAUUAUUAUUAUUAUUUUUUUAAAGUGACAGCAAUAAAUUUAAGAUAAACGUUGUUUUUAUACACUUGAUAUGAUAAUUUAAACAAUAAUAUAUAGUAUACGUUUUGUUUAAAAUUAAUUUUCAUCCUAAAUAUAAGAAUUGGAUACCGACUUAUAAUAACUUAUUAACAGGGUUCGGGAUUUAUAGCACUUAUAAUCAACAAAAAAGCAGCAUUUUAAUAGCAUUUAAAAAACUUCAUUGCAGCACUGAAAAAGGUACUUAAAAAUAAAGCAAUGAACAACUAGUUGAGAGCAUUUUUUUUAACAAUCGAAAUAAGUAAAAAAAGCAUUUUCAAAAUUAAUAUUUUAGCGAUAUAACUCAGCGACCAGAAGUAAAUAAAAUAUCACAGACAAGGAAUUAUUAGUUGGAUAAUAGAAAAUAUACAAAGACGAAAUUGUUUAAAAAUCAUAGGGGAGGUUUGAAAAUCUGGAUUUUAUCAGCGGUUUACAUAAUCACAAAAUUGAAAAUAUACAAAAAAAAAACCAGGAAAACACAGUAAAAAUCAUUUUUUCCGAACUAUUGAAAUAAAAAAGGUGGGGGAGAGGGGAAAGAAGUCUAAAUUUCAAAUUUGACAUAAAUUUCCACUAUUCUAAAUUUAAUGUCACGCCCAAAGAAUAAGCGAAUUAUUAUAAGUCCGCCUACUGCCUACUUAGGCGAAUAAAAAUAUUUCUAAAAUAUCGAAUUUGGUCGCCCUAGACCUCAUCAUAAUUAUUAUAUUUUAUAAUAUUAUGUAUACAGUAUAAUCGGUCUAAUAAUGUAAAUAUGUCGCGGUAAAUUAUAAAAAUAAUUUAUCAAAUUAAAUUUGAUAUUGUAAUUCGACGUAUUAAUACUUUAUAUCCGAUAGUUAUUACUUGUCCUAGAAAGGACGGAACGGAACUGAGAAGGCGACAACGACGCGCGACGGUCUCUCGACGUGUGGCCGCGCCUGGAUUACGAUACUCUACAUUUGUAAUACACUCGAAUAACACUUUUAUUUUAUUUAUUUACUUUUUUUUUUUUUUAAUAUUGAAAAUCUAAUCCCGAGUAUUUCGUCGUAUACGCCUGACAUCGCUCACGUCGACGUGUACGUAAGCACCUACUUACCUAUAUAUUAUAUUAAAAUAUAAUGUUAAAGCUGCAGCAAAGCGGUUAAAAGCGAUCCGUUUUUUCGCAAAUUUAAACCGAGAUAAACUAGAGUAAACCAUUACAUUCAGUAAUCAAAUUUUCGUUUUGAAAAACGAUUUGACUUCGUGCACGUCUUAUUUUCUAUGUUUUGCAGGAAAUAUAUAUUUCCAUUUAUUAUUGUAAUUAUUAUUAAUUUUUUUUUUUUGUAACGCUUUUGGUCUAAAACGUCGUGAAACGGCCGUACCCCUUUCCCUUAAACGGGUAUCGGACAGUAGGUUCAUAGACAAUUUAUAUAAUUGAAUAAUAAUUUUCAAAUUUUACGAAAUUCGAUUAAAUUUGGAAAACCGCUUCCGAGUCCCUUAAAUAAUAAUAUAGGGGAGUGGAGAUUAUGGGUUAUAAUAAGUGAUGUUAUUUAACAACAAUUAUAUAUUGGUUUUACUAUGACGUGUGUUUUUUUUUUUAAAAAAAUUUUCUUGCCUGGAAACAACUUUUCUACCAAAAAUCUUGUACAAAUAGUAUUAACAGUAUUAUUAGCAGUAACAUUUCAUAGCAUUACAUUUCUUACACGCACAGUUCAUCGAUGCGGAAAUAUAAUAUAAAAUUAUCCGAACUCAUAUUAAUAACGUUCUAUAGAAAUAUCACGAAAUCAAGAACAUCGUUUUAUAUUAACAAUUUAUACAAAAGCUAUAGUAUAUUUCUCUCUCUAUCGCGUCCGAAAAAUGAUAAUUCUUUUCGUAGUUCGAACGCGCGAAAGAUAAAGGAGUCAAGCCGGGCGAUAUUAUAAAACUGUUAAAAAAAAAAAAAAAAAAAAAUAUAAGGCCCUACCAUUAAACGUGUAGUGACAAUAUUACGUCGAAUAAAAUUAAUAUUCUUAGUUUUCAUUUUACGUUGGUGAACUAUAAUACCUUUGACGAAUAAUUUUCCAUUAAUUAGUAAUUAUUACUGAUCAGGAUGUUUCCUCGCACAACGUAACUAUAUAUUAUAUUAUAAAUAUUUCCUUACACCAUAGGUAUUAACGCAAAACUAAUACGUGUAUUGUUCUUUUCCGAAACCAAGUCCGUUUAAACGUAUUUAAAAAAAAACCAUAAGAAAUUAAAAAAAAAAAAUAAUAAAAUAUAUUCGUUUGUGUGGAAUAAAACCCCGUUGAAAAAAAAUUAUUACUUUUAUUCUAUGUGGACUAUAAUUUAGUGUUAAAAACGGUUUUCUCGUUUCCUGUACGUGUAUUACAAUAUGAACAGUUCUGUCCUUUUGGAAAUCGUUUACAAUAAAAAGCUUAUUUAUAGCGCGGUGGCAUAACACGUAUUAUUUAUUAUACGAAUUUUAUAAUAUAUUAAAAAAAAAAUUAAUAUAUUUCAUCUCUUUGAACGGCGAAAAUCCGAUAGAGCUAUUAAUGCUGUUAUACGCGCGUAUUAUACCUAUGUGGAAAAAUGUAAUAUAUACAUUGAACAGGAACAAUAAACUAACGUAAAACCCCUCGUAUGUUAUCGCGCGAGGGUGGUUUUAUUGUGUUUUGUACGUAUUUUUUGUCCGACCCCACAUCCCCCCUCCGCCGUACCGACGACAACAAAAACACUUGGUUUUACACCCGUCUUGAAUUUCGGAUAUAUGCCUACCUAUGUACGGGUCUGGCAUUAUUAUUAUAUAAUAUAGCUGGUGUAUUAAGGAACCCAACUUACUAUCCCGCGCAGGUUGUAUUCAUAUGUGUACCACGUACUACAUACUCCGGGCGGCGUGUGCACAGACCCUCACCGAAACGUUACCGAGUUGGUUUUAGGAGGUUUUUACAAAACACAACUUACACCCGUUGGUCCUCACGUACCCGAUACCGCAGACCCGUACAAGACGUGUAAACCAGUGUAGUCCAGUGGUCGGCAAUUAGUUUCUAAGGGAAGCGGGACAGUUAUUUGAAAAAAACAAUUUUAAUAAUAUACAAAUAUACCAAAUGCAUCAUAAAAUGUAUAUAUACGUAGAUCGCGUUCGGAUAUUCUGGAUCUACACAGAGACAAGUAAUGAAAACGGAAAAUCAGCGUUAAAGCGCAACGAAAUUAAGCGAUCCGUGGUCCGGAUUUGGCCCGCGGGCCGCUUAUUACCUAUCCCGCACGAAUACAACGCUUUCGGUAUUCUGGUCGAUGAAAAACCGCGACGGGCACGUCGGCGCGCAUACGGUCGGAAUAUUUUGGUCAGGGGGCUAAACGUCCCGUAGCACCGAUUGUGCGCGGUGUUCGUACUAUUCACUCGAUGAGGACUUGAUAUUUUUUUUCUUUUGGGGGGGAGGGUGCUUGUAAGGACCUAACCCUCAACAGGACCCCCUCCUCUUUGCGCCCGUGGCGCACGCGUAUUUGUAUUCGUAUGCCUUGCGGCAAUAUACCGUUCGGGCCGAACUGGCAUAGGGUCUGUAAAUACGCCGCCGCGCGGCGGACACAACAGUGUGUGGAUGUAUAGUAAUAAUAAUAAUAAUAAUAAUAAUAAUAUUAUUAUUAUUAGGUACCCGUGUUUAAAAUUUUUGUUUUUUUUUUUUCCUUCUUCUUCUCCUCUCGGAAUAUCAUUUCGCCCCACCUCGUCGUCCGAUCGCCCACGGGCUGUGCCCAUCAUCUUAACCUGAAUAUUACCUGUUGAACGUCGUCGGCGGCGGCGGCGGCGGCGGCGGCGGCGGUGGUACACAUGCCACACACCACACGCACAUUAUUCAUUGCAUUACGUUCAGUCGGUGGCCGCAUUCCGUGCCGUGCAGUCGUGUGUACGCCGUCGUACUUUCCGUCCGUCCGCGCGAGCGUUCGGGUUUUGUUUUUCCUUUCGAUUUUUUUUUUUAAAAUUCGUAUUUUUCCGGACCGUUUUCGAUUAUUCGCACGGGCGUUUCACGUUAUUCGUAUUUUUUCCCACCCCCCCGGUCGACCGUUUCUCCAGCGGUUCGUUUAGACCGACGGCGCGCCGUCGUCGCCGCGUUGAAAUGUGCGAAAAGUGAUUCAUCGGAUUAUAUUCACCGCGCCGUAAAACCCGCGACACACCGGAUACCGUCGGCAAAAGUGAGUAAACCCACACGGAUCAAUCCGGCCAUAAUAUAAGCAGUGCCGAAUUGUCAGGUUAUAUAGGCAUGUAAUAUCGGCAGUUUAAUAUUCGUCCGUUGACCGAUUUUACGUUAUCGACCGGACAAUCGCACAAUACCUCGAGCGCUUUAAAAAACCGGCGCGCAUUUCGGGUUUUCGGUAUAGGCCCGGUCGGAACCGUCUGGGUUGCACGGUCAGGCCAAACCACAGCCGAACCGGCCGGACCGAAGAAAAAAAAACCAACGCACAUCCGAUUUUAUACGCCUUAUGUUCGCCCCUGUUCGUCCGUGAUGGCACCGGCAGUGUCUAAUACGGCUUUAUCACUCGCCUUGUUCACGAGUCGGCCGACGGGACGCGGUGGACCAGAUGUGGUCGUUACCGGCGAUGCCACCACUGACGAGUUAAGGAACACAAAGAUGCGAACGCGUGCGCUCGUACCGAACCAAUCGUCCGACCCGAAUAGGCGCGGUUUGGCUUUCGACCGUUCCCAGACAAGUUUGAAUCUGUACACGAAUCUGUUGCUAUUUGUUAUCUCGGUUUUAUCGACCAUUUCACGUUUGGCGUUUCGAUGACAUGAUCAAUUAUAAUCGUUGAUAUGUAGUCGAAAAUACCUCGGUAUUUAUAGAUAUACACGUAUUGUUCGAACGUUUUUGACAAUUUCGUUCCGAAAUUUCGAAAUACAAAAAAGAAUUGUAUUCGUCAAACGUUGAUAUAAUUUUUGGUGGUUAAUAUCGUUCAAUACAGUUCGGAACGAAAAUCCCGGGGACAAUGAAUGCAGUUAUGUCAGAACAAAUUCGGCCAAAAUAUUUUUCGGUUCGGUCAGUGGCGGUUGUAACUGACUUUUAAGGGGAGUGGGAGACGAAAAUGACAAACAAAAAUCGCAGGGCGAUAAACUAAUCAGUUGAUGGUAAAGGGGGGAAAUGUCUUCCCUGCACCUCCCAAAAUGACGCCACUGGAAAAUUCACCUACCUCUCCCUUUAUAAUCGCCACUGGGUUCAGUUCUAUAAGUGUUGUUUGGCCCGGACGAUCGUCCGAACGAAAACGUGUACGUAAAACCGAACACGUCCAAUCAAAUAUUAUCAGUUUCAACAAUUUUCUCCGAUUUUGUAAAUUGUGAAUUGUUUUUUACCUUUUAACGGCUGCUUUGAUGUUAAAACUUUCCCACUAAUCUACUGCCUGAAAGUACACAUCUAAGGGGAAGGGAUACGGCCGUUUUCACGAGUUUCACGACGUUUUAGACCAAUAAACCCGAGUAAAAUUUACCCACUACCGCUCGUCCGUUUUUAACUUUGAAAACAUAUUCGAAUUAUUUAAUUUCUUGUCCGUAUUUUGUAGAAAACACUGUGGUUAUCGAUGAAUUUGCUUUUUUUAUUAAGAUAAACUCUUCUUUUAAAAUAUCAUAAAAAUGAAAAUAUUUCCUGUAAAAUGCGGAAAAAAAAGUUACAAAGUCAAACGAGUAUGCGUUAAUCCAACGUAUUGCGUAUUAGUCUAAGUUUGUGAAAAAACGAAUUGCUUUCGCCCGCCUUAACCAAAGAAAAACGCAUCGGGCUUUACAUAUGAAAAAAAAAAAAAUGAAAAAAAGUCUCCGUCAAAUGAUGUUCGUAUAGACUAUAGAUCAUAUUAUUUUGAGUCUUUUACACGUCCGAAUGCGUGACAAUUGGCGGAACGUUUUGACAAACGAUUUUAAUAUUAAAAUUCGUCAUCGUGGCCCGUUAUUAGGAAUAAUUAUAAUUAACGAUUAUAAUUUGUACGAAUAAUUAUUAUUCACCCUUGAUAAUGCCAUCAUACGACAUAAUAUAACUGAGCUGGUAUACAUAAUUUGAUAAUAUGUUUACAAGUCAAAGCGGAUGUUGACAUUUCAUUAUUCGCGCUAUAAAACACUGCGCUUUCAAUAUAACUUCACCGUGCGUACGAUAUUAUAUAGUAUUCCAUCCCACACAUUUAACCGGAAAAACGCGAAAAAUCUAUCGGACGGCGUUUUUCGUGCUUAUUAGUUAACAGUGAACAGUUUAAAAUCAAACUUUUAACUUACCGGUUGGAGUGCUUCUGAAAAUAUUUACAAAGAUAUUCUGACACGCGCGGUAGACUGACAGCUUGGUUUACGAAACCGAAAUAGUUUUUACUCUCUUCCGACGUCUGUAAGGUACGAACUAUUGAUUCUUGAAGGGAUUUUAUAGUUUGGGCAUAUUGAAAUAAUGAACUUAUCGAAACUUACGCCGCGCGCUUAUCAUAAAAAAAAAAUCUAAACCGUUAACUUAUAAAAUUUGUUUAAAAUUUCGCUCAAAUCAUAAUAAUUCUAUCUCGUUUAUUAUCAUAUAUUUUUUUUAAUAAAAAUAUUAUUAUCAUUAAUAAAGAUCAGAAAUAUUCUAUUAUUGAGAAGUCAGGUAUAGCUUUAGCUUGCACAUUUACUUUAAACCUUCAGGUUAACAAUACAGGUGGGUAUGCGAUGUAUUUCUAAACGAUUAAAAUUAUUUCCGAUCAAGGAUAAUAAUUAAAACUCUCCCGUAUAUAGAAGUUUAUUUUUCAUUUGUUUUCGUUUCGAACUCGGAUAAAUAAACAAAACGAAUACUCUCAGGAAACUGUUCCACACACACAACAUAUCAGUACAAUAUAGACAGGGCAGUGCAUACUGUAAAUACAUUUGAUUCCCAAAAAAGUACAAAAAAUUACAGCUGAAAUAAAACAGUCGCUUAUAAAGAGCAUUUAGUCGUAUUGCAUAUUUAAUGUCAAGGAUGUUCCUUAUUUAAGGGUUUCAGCUUUCAACCCCCGCCCCUCACUAUUCGUUUUGAUAUUAUAUUCGGUUAUUAAAUGUAUUGUUUUACAAAGAAUAUUAAUUCUAUAAAACAAAACAGGACGAGAGUGGGCGGGAAUUCGAUACUAGUGCCGAGUUUUGCUGCUCACAAGUAUUUUUUUUUUUUUAAGUUGCAAUUGUUUUUUUACGAAUCAAAAUGCUUUUCUCAAUGGGUUUUUUUAGUGGAUCAAAUUCACAGUCCUGUGCGCAAUUAUUAAUCGAAAUGAAUAUUGCGGGGCUUUUGUUUCGCUAUAAUUAUUUAACUAUAUAUUAUGUAGGAGGGAUUCGUUGCAGGACACGUGCAAUUUUGUUUUCGGCCGGUAGACUGUAUAUGCCUGAAUAAUAUGUGUAUAACACAGCGAUUAUGUUAUUAUUUUUCACCUGCAGUUGACCAAAACAGAAUGUUGCAAGUAUCGGUACGAUAUUAUACUGCAGGUAUAGUCAUGGCGGCCAGGAUGCUGGGUUUCGUCGAACGCAACGGGGGUAUUGUUUACACAAUAAACUCGAAACGUUUCAAAAACUAAGGGUUCGUUUUGUGCAGAACAGUUGCGCGUAUAAUUUGCCCGAUAAACAAUAUAAUAACAGGGCAGUUAUUUUAAUAAUAGUCGUAACGUCGUUAAUGUACUCGCAGCGAGUAAUAAUAAUAAUUAUUAUUAGGUACAUAUAAUAAAUAAUUGUUACAAGUAUAUACUUUGAAAACCGUGUAUAAAAAAAUAAAUAGUUCUAUCGUUAUUAUAAUCGAUUAGGUGUAUUAUACAGCCGUUAAUUGUGGGUAUCAAUUACGUUUUAUGUGCGUAUGGUAAAACUACUAAAACAAUAAUAAACACGUAUCUAUCAUUUUUUAUUAGUUUUUUCAUUAAUCGAAUGAAAAAUUAUUGCUUUUGUCGUGCGAAUGUUCAUUUUCAAUAUUGCGUUCAACUGACGGCAAAUAAACUGCCAUCCAACGUACGGAAUAGCAGAAAUAGAUUGAUAAAAGUAAGAAGGCACUAAAAAAACUAUAGGAAUACGGAAAUUUUUAACGGAGCAGCUCAGAAUAGAGAGAGAGAGACGUGGAGAAAUGUUUGAUUUGCAGUCACGGACCUCAAUAUCAUGGUAAAGGCGAAAAGAAGAAUAGGUAUCUAUAUAACCUAUCUGUAUGGUUUUAUUUGUAUUUUUUCGAAAUUUCGUGUCGAACGAGACGGCCGCGAUAGCGAACAAAGUAUGAAAAAAAUGAUAUUUUGACAAUAUUAUUUAAACGCGGUGUUUUUUUUUUCUUUAAUCUACAUUUGAAUCAAGACAUUUUUCUUUUGUGUACAAUAUAAUAUCAUGUUUGUAAAUGUGGCGUAUACACUUGUCGAGCGCCCACCUUGUGUUUUUUUAUACCGCGUCGCAUAUUAUUAUCGUGCAUAGUUGUAUAGAGUAGGAUAGCGAUAAAAGAUACGACUUUUUUCGAUUUCAUAUCCGAGACUUUUUGCACCAGCACGAGUACUGUGCUGUAUACGUGUGCUUAGCGUACAACUGCAGUUGUAUACAAAAGCACAUAUUUUUACGCCGUCGUACGAGGCACCUAUUAUUUUAUACGGUUUUUUUUUUUUUAUUAUUUUUUAAGAACUUGAUUACACACGCGCGUCAUAGUGAACUCACGGAGCUAUUAUUAUAACCAUUUAAACGACAUAUACCUAAGGUACCGUAGAUAUUUCACGUUAUUAUAGGCGUACAGUUAUUAUACGCAUGUGAAAUAUGUCUGAUAAUCCGGUUUUUUUGUUUUUCUAAACAGCGAUAUUUUCGUUUAGUAUACAGGCAUACUAUGUACACCGUAGAGUGUGGGAUAUUAGUUGGUUCCGAGAUAAUAUUAUGUUAUUAAACGAUUUUUGCCGCGCAAUUAUAUUAUCUCGCGGACGUCUGUUUUCAAACUCGAAUCCGUUCGGGCGAUAAGAAUAUACGCGCGCGUCGAUAAAACUGUCGUGUACCACCACCGCGGCACGACGAGAAACUUUAACGAACUGUGUCGCACGAAUUUCGUCGGGUACACCCAGCUAUACCUACGAUUGCAGCGCGCGCGAAUGCAGAGAUUCUGUUUUUUUUUUUUUUCAAAUCAUUUUUUCGCCGGUCCAUUAUCUUACUCGUGUUAUUUAUUAUUAUUAUUAAUAUUAUCGUCGUCGUCGUAGCUGCAAACGCCGAGUAUCUUUAUAGGUAUACGCGAUAGUAUGUGUGUGUGUGUAUAAUUGUAUGUAUAGUAUAUAAUAUAAUAUUAUGUUCACGUAUAAUCUGUGUACGUACGAUACAAGUGAGGAAUUCACCUUGUAACCUGUUGGCCGACCUUAAAGUCGUUCUUGUACAUAAUAUUAUAUACACACAUAUAUAUAUAUAUAUAUAUUUAUUAUUAUAAUAUGCAAACCGUUAAAAUCUCGACCCCACCUAUUCUCAUAUUCUCGCGUACGUGUAUACGUAUAAUACCUAUAACAUUAUAAUACAGUAUACCGAUUCGUCGCGACCGAUUUCGUUCUUUCUCUCUCUCGCUCCAUCUCUUUUUUUCCCCUCCUAUUUCGGCAUUUUAUCCGUACGGUCGAACCCGAACGACGAGUAGUUGGACGGCGGCACCGGCGGUGCGUGUGUCCCGUACACCGCAGUGGCGAUUAAUUAUAAUAAUAAUACUAAUAUUAUACAUACCUAUCCAGAACUAGUCAAUGGAGUUCUACUAUACAUAUAUAUAUAUAUGUAUACUAUAAAGAUGAUCAGCAAUACUACACGCAUUCGUACGUACACGUCGUCGUCGUCGUAUUUCUUACUAGCGUUCAUCUGGGUCAAGGAUUCCGUAAAAACCAUUAAUGGGCCAUUUGUGUAUACGUAUUAUAGUCGUUUGUUGUCGGGUUGUUUAUGCUUAUCCCGCUUCAUAAUCGCGUUUAUUAUUAUAUAAAAAAAAAAAAAAGCUUCUAUACGUUCCAUCAUGUACGAAUAUAAGAGUAAGUAGACAAGUUGAAUUCGAAUUGUCCUGUAAUAGACAUACAUCAGCCGUGUAUUCGCAAUAACCCGCCCAGGAAUGAUUGUGUACCGGAAUGGAGGGAGUGAUUUUGAGUGGAAGUGUGAGGGAACGCGGAAAGAGACAUUUUCUAGUAAGCCAGGAGCAUCGAGAGUACCAUUGAGAAGAGAGGAGAUAAAAAUAAGAUUAGCAUUGAUACGACGAGAGGAGAUAUGUAAAAGUGCUGUUUUAUUUAAAGUGAUAAUUGGUAGAAUCAUCACUUCAAAUAAAAAUUAUUAUUAUUUGACCAUAAUAAUGUACGGAACUUCUGGACGCAAAACGCAUAACGCGAUGCGAAAUAAAAUAUAUUAUUGUUCUUGUAGAAUGUCAGAAUAAUAAUAAAAAGCGAAAAUAAAAAAAAAGUAUGUGUGUCGUAAUUGAUAUGAUUAUGUUAGUCAUUAUUAUGAAACUCGCGUUAUUAUGUCGUGAUGUAUUUAUAAUAAUAUUAUUCCCUGUACACCUAUAUACGCACAUGCACCGGAAUUAUUCCGUGGUAUAGGUAGGUACCUAAUCGUUUUGCUGAUGUUUAAAUAAUCGAGUAAUAUUAUAUUGUGCUUGUUUUUUAGGCUCUAAGCGAAGCGAAGAAUGUAUUGGUUUUACUACGAUGUGUUUUUUUCCGCGUCUGUAAACGAAUUAUCUACCUGCAGAAAUCUUGUUCCGAUCAAAAACUUUAUAAGAAUUUUCUUGCGUAGCACUUUUCAUCUAGUUUGAUGCGUUGCUGGGGAUAAAAUUUUCGUUGUUUUGUAGCUAUCAUUUUCAUGUAAUUUUUGUUGAUUUUUCGGUUGUUAUAGCAGUUUAGAAUUUAGAUUCGGGGAGUAAAUAACAAAUUGAUAAUUGAUUCAGUAAUAAUUUACGGAGAGGUUUUUCCAACAUUUAUACCGUUUUUGUAUCUGGGUUUAAUUUUUUUUUAUUGCGAUUUUUUCGUUCACUUUUCAUUUUUAUUAAUAAUAAGUAAAUGUACAUACUUAUAUUCAUUAAUAGGUAGGUAAUAUUAAAUAUUUGCAAAAAAAAAAAAAAUGUUAUUUUCGAAUCCAGAAAAUUGAUCUGAAAAUAUUAAAUCAAUAGUAGAUGGAAUAGAACGUAUUAUUUUUAAUCAUUUUUUCGAGUUUUUCGGAGCAAAAUGGUGCAGAAAAAACGGACAGAAUAUUACCCGCCUCGUUUAUUUAUUCGUUCCUCCGGUUAUUUUUCAUAUUUUAUUUUUAAUACUAUUGCUGUUGAUAUUAAAAAAAUAUAUAAACGCAAUAUUUUAAAUAAUAUCGAAACCAGAAAAGUCAUUGAAAUUUAGUAUAUAGAUAUUAUAGGUGUAUAAUGUAGAAUAUUAUAGAAAAACAUAAAGUUUUUUUUUCGUUCUUUACGUACACACAUUAUAAUAAUGUUAUAAGAAAGUGCUUUAAAUAAAGUGAAAAAAAAAAUUUCCGAUAUUAUUAUAAUUAUGUGAUAUUGUUAUGUAGUGCGAACGAGAGAGAGUGAGAGAAUAAAACACGGUAGACACGAGUUAAAUAAUAACGGAACGGUAAUUAAAUGAUGGAUUUUAAACACGAAUACAGAUUCACUAAUAUUUUUUUUUCGGUUUCUGACGUUUUAGGUAAAACAAAAUUUUGUGUCUUACAUCUCAAUGCCAUUUAUCUUCGGUUGCUUUCAUCCGAUUAAUUUGCGGGACUACCACUUUUACAUUUCUUGUCCUCACACGUUUAUUUAUUUAGGGUCGUUCUCACCAUCGUAAAAUAUGCGUUUAUCUGAUUCUUAAACUAAGUUUAUGGCUGAUAACCGAUCACGAUUGGUCGAUUAUCUUAUAAACUCCGUUUAAAAAUCAACGUUUACGUCGGUAAAAACGGGCCUUAGUCUUCUUCAAGAAUUACCGUACGUUGUUUUUCGUAUGUCAUUUUUACGCCACUUACCACGUUUCGCGCUGCACCUGAUGGCAAACUUCUUUUCGUGAUUUUUUUCGUAGUACACGGCAGUUGGAACACAUUAUGGAAUUUUUUUAUCGCGUACUCCAGUCUGCUCCACUGAGGCUUUAUGGAUCUCGGCACAGGCCAAAUAUUCAUGCUUAAGCACUUUCUUUUCGUAGAUUAUAAGUAUUACCUAAUAUUAUUCGAAAAUCAAUAUGUAUUAAAAUAAUUAGUUUAAAUCUGUACUUCCUGUGUUUUUUUUUUUUUUUUUUUUUUUAUAAGAUUAUUCGAAGGACUGUUGAUUUUCAACGUUCAAAAUCGUAUACAUUUAUAGUUUACACUGUUGUAUAAUCGGGAAACCGAUACGGUUUUGUCGACGCGAGCGGUCCGUUGUAAAUAAAUAAAUACAUUUCAAGGAUUUGUAUUAUACGUAACAUAUAAUGGGCUUCUAAUCGUCACUCCUAGUGAGACUGUUUACUUAAAAUUAUUUAGAAACUCGAAUAUUUAAACGCCAUGUAUAACCGCCUAUACAUAGUAUAGGCACUGCACGUAAUUAAAAUGUGUAUACUCGUCGGUUCAUUGGACAUCGGCGACGCGACGUUCAACGACUUAAAUAAUAUUACAGUAUUAUGUAAACUCGUAGUAGGUUCUAUACUAGAAUGGCCUUUAUUCAAAAAAAAAAAAAAAAAAAACCUACGGUAGUUUCAAAUUCAUUAAUUUAUUUCCUAAUAUUUUUAUUUUGUUUUGGUUUUACUAUGAUGCGUGUUUUUUUUUUUUUUUAAAUUUAGAUUCUGAAUGUAUCUUUUUUCCUGUGCAUAAACUAUAAUUAUUUCUAACUUCUAAAAUAUUACUUCGGCCAUCAAACGCAGCAUAUACUAUCUAUAUAAGAAAAUGUGGUCUUUAGUCCGUGCAUCGGGGAGGUCGUUCUUCGAUUUUCCUUGUAUUAUUAAUAAUCGAGAAAAACGGGAAAUAUAUUGUUUAAUUUUUGUCGUUACCUUGACGAAAAGGAAAAAAAAAACACGACUAUUCCGUUCGUAAUUUGUUUUCGUUAUACAACGAUUUAUCGUUGUAUACACAUUAUAUGUACAGUAUUUAAACUGAAAUACCCUUUAUAUCUUAUAUAUUCGAAACUAAAGCAAUAUUGUCUUUUUUUUUUUUCAUAAAUAGACAAACUUCACAUAAAAUGUUCGUGAUUCACAAAAUGUUUAGUUUUUGCUCAUGUGUCGAUAACAUUGCUACGCUUUUAAUAGAGAACCGCAUAGUCUGAAUGUAUAUUUCGAACAAUCGUCUUUGUCUAUAAAAUAUAAUGAUAAUAUGAUGCUAUUAUAAUAGGAUGGGCGAAAUACGCAUAAUAAAUAACCACCCGUACCUACCUACUGUAAUUAUUAUAUUUUGGUGUUUUCACUUCGAUUGUGGUAAACGGGACAAUAAUUGGUUCCGGGCAUGGUAGUUUGUAUAGGUAUAACUAGGGGAAAUGUGACUUUCGGAAAACCCGUUCCGAAGAUAAUAAUUACUAUACUUGUCCGGACUAGCUAUUAUUUGCUAUCCCCCCCACCCAAAAAAAAAAAAAAAAUUAAUUUAAACUAAUCGUUGCGACGACUAUACUCGACUGCAUUAUUUAUAUAAAAUAUAAUAGCCGGAGCUACUGCAGGUAUUGCAGUUUUACAGAAUUAUAAUAUCCACCAAAAACAAUAUUACCAAUAUUACCAAAAACAGGAGAAAUGCAUGGGCGAAAAAAACACGGGAGUAGAUUGUAUAUAUAUAAUAAUGUUAGGUAUAAUAAUAUUAUACCUAAUUACAAAUUAACAGAUUUGAUAAGAAUAUUGGGACCGUACAAUGUAGUCUUUAAAGCAGCGAUCUGAAAGGCAAAUAAUAUGUAAAAUCUGUUCAAAGCGUAUAAGUAAAUAUAAAAUAUAAUAUUGUGGAAGAAAAAAAAGAUUAAUCAAAGACAAUUUCAAUUCGUCCAAACAGGAUUUGUACUCACAUAUAAUAUUUAACACGAAUUACGGAGACCGGACACGUAACCAGGAAAACAUCGUAAAACGAUAACGGAUCUUUCGUGACCAUAUUUUUAAAUUCGAUUCGGACAGUCCGGGGGCGGGCCAAUUUGUCAGCGGACACUAGCUGACGAUUCCCCGAGCGAGUUUUCGACGACUAAACGUGAAUAUUACGGGUAAUAUUAAUUGUUAAAUUUCUAGUUCUGUUUACAUGACCAUGUGGCUCGGUAAAAAAUUCUAUUGCAGAAGACUUAUAUUAUAUGCAACAAGUAUAAAUACGCGUAAAGUUCCAUUUUAUCGAUCAUUCGCAUCAGUUAAAUAUCCGCAGGUUUCGGGUCUUAUAUGUAGCAAUUAAAUUCAACAAUAAAAACGCUUUGGAAACCACAUUACUUACAAAGUACCUUAAACAGUUUAAUAAACCUUUGAAGUGCUGAAAGAAGCAUUUAAAACCCAUCGAAAAAAAUCACUUUCAAAUUACAUAUUUGAUUUCGUUGUGAUAUGCCAUAUAAAUUCCCAUAACAUCUGCUAGAUUUAGUGUUAAGCAGAAAAAAAAAUAAAAAUGUCCGAACUCUGGUUAAUAUGUAUAAAAAUAAUCUUUUCGUUUUUUCGAGGAGACACACACAUGUGCCCUUUAAAUUUCCGCCCCGAAUAGAUUUUACACGCAGGGAUACAUCGCGCAAACGGAAAACAACAAAUUAAUACCGAUAUUAUAUUAUACGCUUACCAACGUGAAAACAAUUCGUACAAAGAAAUAUGUUACUACAUUAUGUACACCUAUCUAUCAGCGUUCCAUUGUUCUUCGGCGUUUUAAAUUGAUUUUGGACAGGCGGUAAUAGAGUUGAUCGAACACCGAAGUGAUGGUGGCUAUAAAUAUAGUGCAGGGUUUUUUCACUCGCGAAUUAUGUAGUUUGUCCGGAGAAAGGCCCGUCGCCAACUCGAUAUAGACGUACGAAAAUAAGAGAAAUAGUAUUAGGAAAAAAAAAAAAAACUCUUCACAGGACUGUUAGGCGUGGAAACCACGUUUAAUUGGGAAAUCAAUAAAUUUCUCUAAUACAUUAUGUUAUAUUAUUAUUAUUAUUAUUUUUUUUUUUUACGGUAACGACGGGGAUGCUAUUCUGUUGGUAGUUAUUUCAUAUCGCGAGCGACUGAAUUUGUCCGACAACGGUUUUUGAUAUCAAUACGUCAUUGUGUUACCUAUUUAUCUCUACAGAUGAAAUUACGACCACGACACGAUUAUGACGUCAACGGGCGUAGGUACGUCGUAAUAUUUCCGUGUGAACAGUGCCUGUAUAAUAUUUUGCACAUUUUUUGCAGUCGAGGAAAUGAUAAUUAAAAUAAAAAUACAGUUUAUAGUUUGUGUAUCGAACUGUUUAGCAAAAAAAAAAGUAUACUGAAUUAUAUACAGCCUCCCAGACGAGAAAUCACAAAAAAAAAAAAAAAAAAAACGACUGCAGUUACCUGGGUUAACGAGCAUUUUUUCGUAUGCAUUUUAUUAUUAUUUUUUGAUGGUUAUAAUUUGAUAGCGAUGCUCGUUUUACGCGUUAUAUAAUUCUGUCGUGCUCUGGCUUUGUAUAAUAUUAUAACAACCGGAUGACUCAUGCGGGAAUCACGAAUAAUUAUUAUUAUAAAAUAAAGAUUAUUAACAUUAAAAUGGUCGAUAUAGCCUUCUGAAACCGACACUUAUAUAAUGUUAAUUUCUGGAAACGAUAUAUUAUCACAUUAAUCGGGGAAAUCGAGUAGACCGAAUAAUUCGUAUUAGUAGUGUCUCACCUUCGAAAUGUCAAAAUGGUACAAUAAAUUGUUGAGUAUUCGAAAAUGAUUUUUCGGUCGUAUAACAAAAUAUAUGCGAUUUACAAUUAUAUGGCACCUAAUUAGAUAUUUAUACUGUAUUACGAACCGUAUAUCGAGAAACACGUUUAAGUCUCACGAAAGUGGGUUAAACUAAUAAGUACGCAGCAUGAAGAGGAAGCGGCAAAGUCUAUAAACGCUGGUAAUGUAUAGAAGACUGUAUAAUUUAUAAUGAAUUGAACAUCGAUAAAACGAUGUAGGUAUGGCAGUUAAUGGUGUUGAAUGUUUUUAUUGUGGCGUUUAAAUGACGACAAAAUAAUUGUGUAUACAAAACCAACAAAUUAUGAUAAUAAUAUGGUAUCUACAUAUAAACGCGGUACGGACAGACGAAACUCGAAAGUUUAAAAAUGCGUAGUUAUAAGUCUAUGUUAUAAUAAUGGCAUAGUCAGAGGUGGGGGACAUUUCUUUAAAUUAAAUCUGGAAAUUUCGAUAUUCAUUAUUUUUUCGACUCUAAAUUCACUCUCGUUACAAAUAAUAUUGAUAAUCCUACCCACAUACAUAUUCAUACGCCGUCCCUCCCAUUGAGAAAUUCAAGCUACGCCAUUGUACCCACGUAUACAUAUAGUUUUAAUAACGGAUAACCUAAUGAUGGUUUUCGAACGAUUUUCGAAAAAUAACGACUAAUAAGUCUGUAAGUUCGUACUAUAGGACUUGUUUGAACCGUACGGGUAGUACAACCGUUUACAUUGGCAUAUUAAUAAAUUUGCCGCCUACAAACAGAAGGAAAUAUUUCGCUCCUUCAACAAAUGUUUUUUUUUUCUUUUUUUUUAAUAAAAAUUUUAAAAAAAACCGUAGAGAAAUUAUAUUGUUAAUUAAAUCAUUAUUUAUUAUUUCAAAGUAUACAAAAAGUAGCUAAGAAUGUCGUUCUAAUAUUUUUACCUAAAUAAUGUUAAAUGUUGAAGUAGGAAACGUUUUAACGUACACGAAGUACGUUUUCAACCCUUAUCAUUUUGGAGCUUGAUAAGAUAAUUCAAAUUUGUAGUUUCCCUAUAAAUUUGAUUAUAAUUUCAUUAUUAUUAUCUGUGUUUUCUUCGGGAUUUUAUAUAUAUUUUUUUAAUGCCUAAUAAUUAACAUUAAAGACAUUAAAUAUUUCAGUUUAUAAACGUUAGCGGUACGUCGUUUAUCGGAAAAAUGUACAAAAUUAUCGGCACAAGAGAUACCGAAAAAAAAUUCUUAGAGAGCAUUGAUUGUUGUAUCAAUAAAAAGUUAUAUAUUUUUAUACGACGCUCUUACAAUUAAUGUAAGGCCGCUCCAAUCACCUGCUUGUCGGGUUAUAAACACGUUUAUAACACGUAUAGAUGAUUGAUUAUGAAAUGAAAUCGAUAUCUCUAGCACCCCGUUAAAAUACGCCUUCAAAUAUCGUAUAGAGAAUAUGUUAUACAACGGACACGAACUCAACAUUAUAAGUGCGUGAACCGCAUGGUAUAAUCCAUACAUCAAUAUUAUAUAGACCCAUAUUAUUAUGUUACUGUUUCGUUAUUACAAUAUUGUGUUUAAUUCGCACAAACUCGCGACCGAAUCAAACAACAAUUAUUAUCGUAUUGUUAUUCGCCUCCGCGAGUGACGUCGAAAUAAUUUUUCGAACGUUUUCCUCGUUAUAGCCCUCGUCUAGCCGCAAUAGCUGUUAUCUAACGGAUCUUUCGUGCACCGCUGACUGCUCCGUGUACACUCGUAGUAUUAUUUUUCAUACGCCAUAAAUUUCCUUAUUCGCCCGGGCGAAAGUGCCUGUGUGUACAACGUCUCUAAAACAGUCUCCACUAGCAGAUUCAUCAUCUCCGUCGCGCGUUUUAGACCACAUAAUUAUUAUAUUAUUAUCACGAUGAUGUAACGACAUCGCUACCGUGACUCGUGCGACGCAUAUUAUUUUUACGAUACAACGAUAAGAAGAAUGGGGGAAGAAUUCAAAAAGGCUGAUACUGCUAUGGGUGUACUACACUGUUUCAGGUGGAAGGGAAAAUGCAUAUUUAUACAUAGAGUAAUUUAGUUUAAAUCCGUAUGGAAGGAUAUAAACCAUUGCUAACGUAAACCGAUUCUUAGCAGAAUAUAUUAUUAGUCGUAUUUUUCACUUUGUUGUCAAUAUUACCUGGAAAUCGAUUCAAAUUUUAUGAACGAUUGUUAGUUUUUCACAUUUAUUACGAAACUAUUAGGAAAAUUAAAAAAUAAUAUCUACAAAUCUACAAUGCAUCAACUAGAUUAAACAUGCUACAAGACAAUUCCUUUAAAGUUUAGAUUGGAGUCAGAUUUCUGAUAGAAAAAUUGUUUACAGACGCAUACAAAAAAAAAAAAAAAACAUCAUAUACAAUCGAAUAGGAUGUAACGAUAUUUAUUUAAAGACGAGAUUUUAUUUUUAACGCUAAGGAAAUAUUCACGGAACACAGCCGCGUUAACUUUCUAUAUAAUAUAAUCAUAAUAUAUUGAUGAAUUGUAUUCAGACUAUUCAGAAAAAAGAUCCCUAAAGACAUUUGAGAUGUAGUGCCUGUGACGCACGAUGAUGGAGAGAAUCAGGCGGAUAUAUAUAUAAAAAAACGAAUGUAGAUAGGUGCUCAACGCACGUUGGGGAAGUACAAAUUAUAACGACUAUAGUACGUGAAAGGAUGGGGUAUAGGAAAUGAUUGGCCUUAAUAGCUGAAGCCAUAACAGAAGGACGGAAAACUGUCAGAAGACCAAGAAAUUCAUAUAUUAUCGCACGAUUAAAAAAUGACGCAGUAAAGAUUAAUAUAUACACUAACGUUGAGCUAAAACGACUAGCAGGAGAAGAUCUAUAGAUUUAUGUUGUGAACCAAUAAAGCGAUUGAACCCUAAAAAAAAAAAAAAAGAAGAGUUUUAAAAUAAUUCGUAGGUAUCAACCGCAUAUAUAUUUAUUUAUUUUAGGGAAAAAAAAUCCCGAAACCGUAUUAAAAGGAAUCGAAAAUUAUAGUUUUAAUUUUUGUUAUUAGGUUUAUGCUAUAGCUACUUUCUCUUCGUUCUGUCAACCCUAUUUAUAAUAAAUUUAAUUUUACCAUAUACGUUUUGCCGUCGUCGUCAUCGUAUUUAUUGUUAAUAAAGUCAUAUUUUAUUUAAUGUAUAGGCGAUAUUUUCAUACAGUUCAAUCUAAUAAUAAAGAAAGAGGCGCUUCGCGUUAUACAUUAUGGCCCUGAAGUUUGAUCCAAAUGCGCCGCCGAGGGCUUGAUCUUGAAGUGUUUAUUAUCAUAGUUAGGUAUACCUAUACCGAUAAAUUAUAAAUUAAAGUAAUAAACUAACGAUUUCGAGGUCGUCGAAUGGAUAAUGUUAAUAUUAUAUAUGCCUACCUAACUAGAACAAAGCAAUGUUAUAUUAUAUUAUAUAUAUUUCCCAAACGAGAUUUUUUUUCCUCCCGACGACUUAUUUUUUUUUUUUUUUUGACUGUCUAACGUUUUUUUCGGCUUUUGUCCUAUGCAUGUUAUUGUAGAGAAAACGACGAAAAUGAAAAAUGAUUCAUCCGCAGAGAAAUAAUCAUAACUUGGUCCUAGGUGCCUAUACAUAAACAUAAUCAUGUAGUGUCGAUCCUUAUUUUCUUUGUGGACUUUGAUUGAUCACGGCAUAAGCUAAUAAACUAAAACCAAAACGUGACUGCGUAUAUAAUAAUUAAAUCAUCACAGUAUUGUGGUAUUCUGUCGAACUUUCCUCGAAAAUCAUGAUAAUCGCACUUUAUUUUGUCUGGUAUAUGUAUGUACAUAUCAUUUUCCCGCUAAUUAUGGAAUUUUUUUAGCGGAUCGCGGCUCUGGAUCAAAUGAACACAAACUCGGGAAUUAGAAUUGUUUUAUAAGCGGAUUGAAGUGACACAAUUUUGGUUGAAUUUCAAAACGAAUUUCAUCGUGUUGUUGAGGGAAACUGGUGCUUUUGUAAAGCUUAACAUCCUUACACACCUCCAAAUAAAGUCGGGGUUGACGAAAUUUGUAUAAGCAUAUUGUUAGUACCAAAUACUUAAGGUGUGUUUUUUGGAGGUUUCAAAUCCAUAACUAUUUCAGAUCAAUUGGAAAAAAAAAAAAUUAAACAUUAUAUAACUGCAGCGACAAGUCGGCUGGAGAAAAAUUCGAGUUUAGUGACGGAUAUCUGAUGCUCGUGGGUGUUUUUUUCACCGCGUUGAAAAAAAAAAACUCCUACCUUUGAGGCUUUAACUGUAAUUAAUAAUUACGAUUCGUCGACAUCGUCUCACAACAAUAUCAUUGUUUAAAGUAUAUUAAAUCGAAAUUUUAGUAUUGUCGCAGCGUUUCAGCUCAUUAUCAAUUAUCAUAUAAUGCUACAAGUUUGGACUUUUACAAAAACGCAUUGGCAACGCAGGGCACGGACUCGCAGUGACAAUACGCACCGCCGCCGUCUCGUUCUUCUCAAUAUUAUGAUAUCGUAAAAUUGUGUCACACGCGCACGUUGUAUUUUCCAACCGAAAGAUCAAUCUUACGUUUUGUUCAUAGUAAUAUUUAUUAUUGCGCCGAUGGUUUGUGAUUCGAGCGAAGGGCACACACCGCAAUAGGUACCUAUUAUUAUUAUUGUAUUACAGCUGGGCACCUACAGUUAUUGUUCUUUAGGCAUUUCCUUUAGACGUGAUUGGAAUAAUUUUUAACGCUGCAGUACGUAAUAUGUAUGUACCGCAGCUCAUACUACUCAGCUCAGGAUCGUUUUUCAUUUACAACGGUUUGCUGCUGCGUUAUACGGUGUAUAAAUUAAAUAACACGAAUAAUACACGAUAUUAUCCUUUAAAUUCCACACUGUCCACCCGUAACAGCCAUUAUAUAUUAUAAUGGCCUGUCCGCCGUACGAAUUACGCGCGGCUUUUACUUUUGUGUUUACACAAAUCAGAAUAUAGUUGAACAUUGUAUAUUUAUACAGGUACAAAUAAUUGUACGGGUACCGCUAAGGAACACGAGUAUAUGCGUAUUGCAAUGACGAUCAACAAUUUUCCCAACGUAUUUUACGUCGAAUUACCCGCGACGCUUUCGGACGAGGGCAAUUCGAAAUCCUACACUGCAUACGCAUUAGAACGCCUGUCCGUUUGGGGCCGUACUGCCGCCGUAGCAUGUUAUAAGAAGCCCGGGCACUAGCGGCCGCCAAUGGUGACUAAUCAUAAAAGCCUCAUAAUCGUUUGCAAAUAUUUAAACUCCCGAAUAAUGAUAACGCGCCGUGUGGCGUUUGACGUGUGUUACGCUUCGCCCGAUUAAAGUGUCGCGGCGAACAAGCGCGUAAUACGGACGACUUAAACAUGAUAUAGCAGUAAAUACGAGUGUAGGCACCUACCUACCUAUCUGUCUAAUAUAUUAUUAUAGGGACACGAACCGGCUAGAUUUCGCGUUUUUACGGCAAAUUCGCCCGGAGAAAAAUGUAAUAUUUUUACAGCGACGACACGUCGAUAUUAUUAUUUUUCGGAUAUUUAUCGCGCGUUAAUAUUAUACAGUAUACACACCUGUGUGUAGUGUAUAUUUUAUAUACCGAAGGCAAAUUGGGUGAUCCAGUGAUCUGAUUUCUCGCCGACUUGAUUGAUGACACUAUAAUAUUAUAACUGUUGCGGUGGGUUUAAUCCUAUUCACAAUGCGAUUGCGGCUCCGGAGCAGCAUGAAAAAUGAAACAAAACGAUUGUGGUCACAGCGGUAUAACGAACGGUUUUAACCGCAAUGUUAUAUAGACAAUAAUUGCAAUCUCGUUAUAACCUAUGUGGUCCGGGCGGGAUAUUUCCUUCUAGUUUUCUAUAUAAAAAAAAAAAUAAUAAUAAUAAUAAUAAUAAUAAUCGAUUAUUAUUACAGCGUCGUGUUUGAAAAAUUUGCGAAUACUUAAUACGAACGCCCGCCGGACUGUUUUCUUGUAUAAAAUCUAUACAAUUAUUAGUUCGAGGUUCGAGUUUUGCACAAAGAAAUUAUUAGUAAUACAUUUGCAAUGUGCAAUGUGUAUAGAACUAAACCGCUAGAAUUCAAAGUUUCGUCACGUCAUUUUUUUUUUUUUUUUUUUUUAAAGAAUAUACAAGAAAAAUCGUAUAUUUAUGUUUAUAAAUAUAUACUGCGGCGAUGACAGGAAUACAAAGACCAUCAUCCAAAGAUCGUUGCCAAUCUAUUUAACUCGUUUAGCCCCUCUAAAUAAUAUUCAUGGUUGUCAUUUUUCUUUCGUAUUUUUUUGACGUUCUAAAGACGAACUACUUUGUAUUAAUAAUAAAAGGGUGGAUUUCGUACUUCGAUAUAAUAUUUUGAAACGGCGUGAUUUUUGGCGGUUAAAAAAAAAAAAUACUUGGCACAUUAGAAAAAAAAAAAGCAAGUUAAAAACUCGUCGACGGCGAGUAUCUCCAUAGCUAUCUAUUAUUAUCUAUAGACUUAAACAUCAAAUGUAUGUAUCAGCCUCAUAAAACCAAAUACUACUAAAAAAAAAAACCUAGUUAAUUUAAACUGGCGAAAAUUUCGCUUUCUGAAAAGAUGCUGUUCACUAAAUGAUCGGAGCAAGAUUUCCUGGCAUCGUAAUAAAACCAAAAAGGAUCGGUACUUUAUCGUUUUAUGUAUGCCAUUCAGUUAUUUUUUUUUAUUAUUUUUUUUAUUUUAUCAUUCUGUUUAAUUUGUUCAGUAACGUAGAAAAAAUUCCACAACGUAUUUCGAAUUUAUUUCAUUUACAUAUGCAUAUAGGUAAUAUAUGUAAAAAAUCCUAUCUUUCCCUUGAACACGUUUGACGACUGUUUCGACUCGUUUUGACCCCAACCGACGAUGAUGACGUCGACGGUACCUAUUUAUUAUUCUGGGUAUUGGGUACCCAGUUUCCAAAAUGUGUAAUAUACGUUUGUAUAACUGAUUUUAUUAAUUUAAUAUUUUUAGUUUCUCGCGAUUAAAGUAUUAUAAUUUAAUAAGAUCAUGAACUCCGUCGACGGAAUGCUUAAUGCGUUUUGUAAUAAUUUAUUUUAAAACUUGUUUAUAUUUACAGGUAGCGGUAAUCGAUGUUGCUGACGACGAGUUUACUAUAAUAUAAAAUAAAUAUGUAUACGUUAUUUAAACAAAGCUCGAGUGGAUUAUUAUAAUAAUUCAUGAUAUCAAAUAAGUUCAGAUUUUCGUUUUGUAGACAAUAAUAUGUAAAUCGUAAAAUAUCGAAUAACUCGCACGACGCGCAUCUGCAUCAGUGAUCGAACAUUUUUUUACAAUUUCAUCCCGAAAAACGAAUACUCACCUUACAAUAACCAUUAUAGACGAUACAUUUAUCAGCAAGUAUAUGUAUUUGUAUUUGUAUCUUUUCAAAGGCUGAUACUGUUGACGGGUGUCCCGUUGUUUUAGGGGGAAACGGGAAGGGAGGAAUAUACCGUUAUUCAAUACACAAUAUAUGUACAUAUAUAAUGAAGUCGGACUUUUUCCCAUUUUGCCAAGGUAACUCGGAAAUGAACGUUUCGCCCAGAGUCUAAAAAAAAAAAAAUAAUAAUAUAGUUACUCGAUGAUUAUUAUUAUUUUCAUCGGUUCAUAACGUAAACCGUUUCAAAUUUCUAAAAAAAAAAAAAAAAAAUCCCAAUACAAUACGUAUAAUUAAUAUAGUGCAUACCUGUAUGGAUAUGAUAACUAUAUAUGAGAUAUCUGCAAUUAUUAUUAUUAUUUGAAUUGUCAUAUUAUAUUUGCCGGUAACUAUUUGAUUUCACGCCGUCGUUAACACGAUUUUCGGUCGUUUGAUUUUAGAAAUAUUGUAUCACAUCGGAAUCCUCUUCGCGGUUCUCGCGGCAGCAUCACGUUCGGUUUGACCUUUCGAAAACCGUCUGCGAGUCCGCGACAUAA